AUGCUGUCGAGAACUACGAUUUGGAAUGGCAACAACGUGAUUCCUCCCAAAUUGUUUGACUGCGUUUCUCCAGGAGUGUAUCGGUCAAAUCGGUUUUCAAAGGAAAACUUUUCGUUUAUUGAAGCCAUUGGAUUGAAGUACAUAGUCUAUGUUGGAAACAAUGAUGUUGGAGAUGAGAUUGAGAAGUUUGCAGAAUCUCACUCCAUAACAUUGAUAUCACUAUUUGACGUCCACCCAGUCUUGCCAGACGAUUGGAAGCCAAUCAGCGAUGACACCGUCAAGCGCGCACUCGAGAUCGUCAAGAAUCCUAAGAAUUUCCCUGUAUUAUUAAUGUGCAAAGAUGGGAUUGGCAAGACAGGAACUGUCGUCGGCUGCUUACGUCGACUGCAGAAUUGGUGUUUUACCAGUAUAAUCCAAGAAUACCGCCGCUUAGCCUCUAGCUCAUCGAACGUAACAGCUGCGGAACUGUAUAUCGAGCUUUUCACACCUGAGCUUGUGAAUUAG